ACUCCAGAUGAGGCCUCACCAGGGACCUAUAAAGAGGCAUAAUUAUGUUUUCAUCCCUUGAGUUAAUGCCCUUUUUUAUAGAAGAAAGAACUUUAUUAGCUGAGUGACACUGUCUAAACAUACACAGUAUGUUAUCCACAAAAAUCCCCAGAUCUCCCCAACACACUGCCAUUUAGAGUAUAAAAUUUAUAUUAUUCCUGCCAACUGCCAGUUUAGUCAAAUCCCUAUGCAAAGUGGUAGCAUCCUGCGAGGAAGUUCUGCACAGCAAAUAUGAAAAUAUUUCUUCCAAUGCCCACCCCAGGAUCUUUUAAGCUCAGUAGAGUGUUCUGUGAGUCUAUAGUUACAUAGUGACUGAACUGUAUUUAGGACACAGCUGGUGUUGUUUAAUUCUUUAUGUUUUAGCAAAUACCUUCAAAGGAGGAGCCCUAGUGUUAAUCCGAUAACUUGUUUGCUAAAAUAACACAGAGAAUGAACAAGUAUAAAUACUUCUGUUUCACUUUGUGAUCUCCACACGCACAGAAAUCAAUUGUCUGUGUAGAACAAGGCAAGAGAUCACUAGCCAAGAAAAUACAACUCCAGCAGGAGGAGGCCAAAGAUGACCAUGCAGAUGCCAAUGGUUGAAUUACUUUCCAAAGUGGAUUCAGGAAGAUGUGUGGGUAUUGAAAUAGCCAACAAGACCAGAUCUAUCACCUUAUCUUCUCCAAGCACUUACUGUGAAAGUGGCUACUCGCAUUCUCCACCACCUCCCAGCAUCUCUCCUGGCACCGUGGAUCGCUGUAUAUUUGUGAAAACACCAUCAACGACCUGUGGCAGCGUGGGAGUUGUGACUUAUUGUCUCUCUAACUCACAAACCGUUGCCAUUCUCUUCUCAAACCCCUACGACUAUACUUUAUACAGCAUAUACUUUGGGGUAUUGAUCACUGAUCACAGCCCUAAGGCUGACUAUGAGCUUUACAAUGAGAUGUACUGCAAUAAAGUACAAAGCUCGCAAUUUAAACGUGCUCGGGUGAGUAAAAACUCAAGGGACUUGGAGGUUUCUCAUGGGCAGGUGAAAGUUUUAGCCACAAUGUCAAAUGACACCAAGUCUAUAUUGAGAGUGGAGAUUGUAGAUGCCUAAAUAGGCCACAAAACUAUUCAUCAGUGAUCUGACUUAUUAACUGAACUGCUAAACUGCUCAAUACAGUUACCCACAGGCACCAAUCAGAGCUUUUUAUUUCUACUUUGCAGUUCAUGAACAAAAAUGAUUGUGAAUGCUAACGUCAGUUCAGUAAUUCAAUAAUUCAGUAAUUCAGUAAUUAGCCCACAAAGCUUAAAGGAAAACUAUACCCACAAACAAUGUAUGUUUCUAUAAAAAGAUAUUGCAUAAAACAGCUCAUGUG